GUCCGCUGUUGCUGCUCCGCCAGUGCACGCUGCCUGCCCUCUUCACGCAGACUGUUGCUCUACGAUAUAUAACUCAUAAUAAUGCACGGCCGUGGCUCUCUGCUGCUUUUGCUCUCUUUUGUUCUCUUUCGCGUCGGACUGAAUGAAAUAUCAGCGCAAUCGGCCCUGUACGAGACCGAUGUGGUGGUACCGCAGGAGCUGCGGCCGGACGAGGCGCACCUGCUCCAGGGAGCCUACAGGUGGAGCAGGGGUCGCAGACGAAGCUUGGACCCUCAGCUGGAGGACCACCUGUUUCUGCGGCUGCCUGCUUUCGGGAAGGAGCUUUACUUGCGGCUCCAGAGAGACGACUCUUUCCUCGCCGAGGGCUUUGUGACGGAGGAGAGGGGCGAGGAGGACAGCGUUCGGCACGAGCCUGUUCUAAGGGUCAGGCGGUGCUUCUACACCGGAGCCGUUCUUAAUCACACGGACUCUUUCGCCUCAUUGGAUGCCUGCGGAGGACUGACUGGCCUGGUUCAGACAGGAGAGGAAAGACUGUUUAUCGAGCCAGUGGGCCAGGCCGUGGAUUCCUUCUCUGGCUGGGAGCACCGAGUGAUCCGGGAAAAGCAUUCUUCAUCGGACGGACCUGCUACUGCUGAAGACAGCGGCCCGAAAUUCUGCCAAACCAUCCAAGAUAAGAAAAAGGAGAAAAGGUCAAGAGGAGCCGAGGAGGUGCGAGGCAGGAGGAACGCCAUCAGGCUGAGCAGGGAGUACACGGUGGAGACGGUGGUGGUGGCUGAUGCUAACAUGGUGCAGUAUCACGGAGCCGAGGCCGCCCAGCGCUUCCUGCUCACCGUCAUGAACAUGGUGUAUAACAUGUUUCAACACCAGAGUCUGGGUGUGAGGAUCCACAUCCGGGUCACCAAGUUGGUUCUCCUGCACACCCGUCCGGAAAAGCUGAAGGUGGGCCACCAUGGAGAAAAAGCCCUGGAGAGCUUCUGCCACUGGCAGCACGAGGAAUACGGCGCGCGAUACCUGGGAAACAAUCACGUUCCUGGGAGCAGAGACGAUCCUCCUCCCGUGGAUGUGGCCGUGCUGGUGACCAGAACAGACUUUUGUGUCCAUAAAGAUGAGCCUUGUGACACAGUUGGAAUCGCUUAUCUGGGCGGCACCUGUAGCUCCAAGAGGAAGUGUGUGCUGGCGGAGGACAACGGACUCAACCUGGCCUUCACCAUCGCUCAUGAACUUGGCCACAACAUGGGCAUGAGCCACGAUGACGAUCACGCCAGCUGCACGGGCCACUCGCACAUCAUGUCCGGGGAAUGGGUCAAAGGUCGCAACCCCAGCGACCUCUCCUGGUCCAGCUGCAGUCACGACGACCUGGAAAAGUUCCUCAGAUCGAAAGCGAGUGCCUGUUUGCUGCACACCGACCCGCGCAACCGCUACCUCAUCCGUCUGCCGGCCAAACUUCCCGGGAUGCACUACAGCGCUGACGAGCAGUGCCAGAUCCUCUUCGGCACCAACGCUACCUUCUGCACUGAUAUGGAGCACCUGAUGUGUGCUGGUCUCUGGUGUUUGGUGGAAGGAGACACGUCAUGUAAAACCAAACUAGAUCCGCCGCUGGACGGCACUGAGUGCGGAGCAGACAAGUGGUGCAGGGCCGGCGAGUGUGUGAGUAAGACGCCCAUCCCGCAGCAUGUGGAUGGAGACUGGAGUCCGUGGAGCACGUGGAGCAUGUGCAGCCGGACGUGUGGCACGGGAGCGCGCUUCAGACAGAGGAAAUGUGACAACCCCCCGCCCGGUCCAGGAGGGAAGCACUGUCAGAAGACCAGCGUGGAGCACAAAGUGUGUGAUGGGCCGCCGUGUUCGAAGGGUCUGCCCACGUUUAGAGACCAGCAGUGUCAGACUCACGACCGGCAAGCCAGUAAGAAGAAAAGCCAGCUGUGGACAGCUGUGAUCGACGAUGAAAAGCCAUGCGCUCUGUAUUGCUCACCCAUCGGCAGCGAUGCACCGGUGCUGGUGGCGGAGCGCGUUCUGGACGGGACGCCGUGUGGUCCUUACGAGAGCGACCUGUGUGUGAGCGGGAAAUGUCAGAAAAUCGGCUGUGACGGCAUCAUUGGUUCAUCCGCAAAAGAAGACCGGUGCGGCGUCUGCAACGGUGACGGCAAAUCCUGCAGGAUCGUCAAAGGAGACUUCAACCACUCCAAAGGGAUGGUCCCUCAUAGCCUUUGUAAGAAGGUUUCUACGUGUGUGAUGUCGAAACCCAGAGCUGUUCUCAAGUGUUUCUCAUGUUACAUCGAGGCAGCUGUCAUUCCGGUGGGAGCUCGGCGAAUCAAAGUUGUGGAAGACAAACCGUCCCAUAGCUUUCUGGCUCUGAAGGACUCCAGCAAGCGAUCCAUAAACAAUGACUGGAAAAUCGAGCUGCCAGGGGAGUUUGAGCUCGCUGGCACCACGGUCCGCUACGUGAGGAGAGGACUGUGGGAGAAGAUGUCUGCCAAGGGACCCACGAAGACUCCACUGCACCUCAUGGUUCUGCUGUUCCACGAUCAGACGUACGGGAUCCAUUAUGAGUACACGGUUGCCCUGAACCAGUCUCAGGAGAACAUCAGCGACCCGGUGAAGGAACCAGAGCACAUGUAUCUGUGGACUCACAGCAGCUGGGAGGACUGUAGUGUGCACUGCGGAGGAGGGGAGAGAAGGACUGUGGUGUCGUGCAUGAGAAUCGUCAACAAGACCAUGACUCCAGUGAACGACAGCUACUGUCAGGUGGAGAACCGGCCCGCGCCUCAGAUCCGCCGCUGUAACAUACACCCCUGCCAAUACAGGUGGGUGACAGGCGAGUGGACUCAGUGUUCGCUAACCUGCGGGAAAGGCUUGCAGCAGAGGGAAGUAGGCUGCGUCUACCAGCUGCAGAACGGCACGUACAUCCCCACCAGAGACCUGUACUGUCUGAGCUCCAAACCCGCCAGCGUACAGCACUGCGAGGGACGCCACUGCCUCACCGUCUGGGAGGCCUCCGAGUGGUCCAAGUGUUCCUCUGAAUGCGGUCGCGGCAGCAGGAAGAGGACGGUGACCUGCACCAAUCCUCAGGGUCUCUGUGAUCCCGUGUCUCGUCCCGCAGAGCUGGAGACCUGCGAGGAUCACUCCAAGUGCUAUGAGUGGAAGACCGGCGAAUGGUCCAAGUGCUCAUCAUCCUGUGGGCGGGGCCUGCAGUCCAGAGUGGUCCAAUGCAUGCAUAAAGUGACCGGUCGCCAUGGCAGCGACUGCCCAGCAGUCCUGAAGCCCACUGCGUACAGGCAGUGUCAUUUUGGGACGUGUAAUGUGAAAGUCAACGUGAACACCAUCACCUCACCUAGACUGGCUGCGCUGACGUACAAGUGCACGGGGGACCAGUGGGCGGUUUACUGCAGGGUGAUCCGAGAGAAGAACCUGUGCCAGGACAUGCGCUGGUACCAACGCUGCUGCCAGACCUGCAGAGACUUUUACACCAACAAAAUGCCCCCUAAGAGUUAAUAAGCCCGGCGUUCCUACACAUAGAGGUUUAUUUUUGCCCUCUCCCUUUGUACUGUCAAAAAUAAUGUUUUUUUAUCCUUAUUAAAAUGUUCUUACGUGAAUAAGUGAAAGCGGAGAUUUCCAGCAGAACGCACUCGAGUGUGCGCUUGUAUGUGUUUGCCAAGCGUUUGCGUGCUUGCGUUACGCUUGUUUCUUGUUUUCGGACUUGAAGGUUUCUCGUUUCGUCAUGUUUUUGCUGUAAUCCACACUUAGGCCCUAGAAGUGACUUCUUCAGCAUACUGGCCUGCCUGUUGCACUGCGGUUAAAAAAUUGCUUUCUUAAGGCCACUGGUUGGCCAAUACCUGAUUUGGACUUCGAUUCCAGAUCCGUAUCGACAUUUUUGAUUUUGUUGUUAUAAUUAGCUGUCUUGUUAUACUGGCUCCGUAACCAAAACCUAGUGAACUUCCUUCUUCGAUCGCGACUUGAUUUCAGUAGAAAUGACCGGUUGCUGAACUAACAAUGCAAUACUCUAGGGACACGCAAUACGUUUUUGUAAACGCUUUGAGAUACCGAAUGGAUUUUACACGGUAUAUAAUCAUCUUUUCUGUUUCAUUUACCAAUUUAGAUGUUUUCUGAGCUUGUUGCAGUGCAUUUAUACUUAUGCAUUUUUAUCAGUUUUUGUCUUCCUUGGAUAUCGCCCCCAUGAACCGGCUGUUGCUAGCGGUAUGCUUUAUUGCAUAAUCAAGAGAAUAAAAACCUCCACGAUGCAUAUCUUAAUCCGGGAUAAUCCAUUAUUGCAUUCGUGCAAAAAUAGCUUUUUUUUCAUGCGUGCAAUACUGUAAUAGCGUAAUAUUAUUGCGUGUAUGCAAUAAUAGCUUAAUUUAUUCUUGCAUGCAUGGAAUGCUAACAUAAUCUGUUAAUGUAUAAUCAGAGAAAAAAACCUCCAUGAUGCAUAUCUUAAUCCGGGAUAAUUCAUUAUUGCAUUUGUGCAAAAAUAGCUUUUUUUUCAUGCAUGCGAUACUGUAAUGACGUAAUAUUGUAUUGCAUGCAUGCACGAAGGCAACGGUAGACUACGCAGUUCACCAUUGUGGAUCCCAUUCUCUGCAUCUUCAGCAAAAGAAGUCAUCUUAGAAGGCGGCAUAAUCUUGCUGCCUACCUUUUUGAGCGGUUCUCACACUGAGAGCUUUAGAACACUGCCUACGUAGGCAGCUCACUAGGUUUUGGGGAAGAGCUGGAGUAGCUCGUGUUAUUUAAUUCAUUAAGAGCCAUCUCGAUGCAGUCGAGCAGCCAAGCGGAUAACAGGCGACCCAUUCGAACAGUUUUUCUCUUUAAGGUUUAUGUAUUUUAUAUCAGACUGAGGCUAAUUAGCGACUCUCUCAGAGAGGACACCGACUUUCUCACUUUGGUUUCUUACAGUGUUUAUAUUAUCCACCACACUCUGUGUUUUAGAAACUUGUCUUGUUUUAUGUAUUUUAAAAGAGCAAGGCACAUGAUCUCCACUGCAUCGUCAAAGGACCGUCGCGUCAUUAUUUCACCCCAAAAAUGAAAAAUGUCUCCUUAUUUACUUGACCUCAUGUCAUGCCGAUCUUUUCUUUUGAACGCUAGAAUUUUUCAGUAAAUGUUGACUUUUGGUAUCUUCUUAGAAAUACAGUGUGAUAUUAAUGCUUUAUGGUGCUUUUGCUCUUUUUUUUGGAGCCUGAUAUCCUUAACUAACCGUGCUUUUCACAUUAUAGAAAAAAAAGCGUUUAAAUUCUCCAAAUCGUAACACAAUAAAGAAAGUAAUGCAGGUUGUGAAGGACAUGAGGAUAAAUAAGCGCUUUUUUUUAAUUUUGGGUGCGCUGUUCCUUUAAGGUGCAGUGAAAUCGGGAUACAUGCCGUGUAUGUGUCUAAUGUCACGAUCAUUUAUUAGUCUGAUGGUGCUGCAGUGCCUUAACUAAGAGCUACUCUUCAGUCUUUGUGCUUGUGUAUCUGAAUCAUUUCUCAUCGACAAUAAUGCCUUCGUUUAAAUGCAGUUCUCACAUCGUGCAAUUUGCCAGAAUGUUAGCACAAACAUUGCAAUGCAAAUCUCAUAUUUAGGAUCGGUUCACAGGAGCUUGCAAGGUGCGUUGCAGUCAGGAUGCGGUGAGAAAAUGUGAAAUUGUAGGUUCGCGUUUCAUAAGAGCCCCCCGGCCGAGGGUGACACUGCGUAUGUGUGCAUGAGAGAGUGUUUCAAAGCCUACCGGGCUACAUAGGCAGCAUCCUAACUCGCAUGAAACCUCACUAGUGACCAAACUGGCGUGCACUUCGAAGCCGGCUACUUCAGUAAAGCGCGACAUGCGUAGCGUACAUAUUGACCUUCACACGCAAUCGAUGCUUUCGAAUGCUCACUAGGUUUUGGAACAGAGCGUAUACGCGUGUGUGUGUGUGUGUGUGUGUGUGUGUGUGUGUGUGUGUGUGUGUGCGCGCGUGUGUGUGUGUGUGUGUUCGAGACCUUGGCUCUCAUCUACCAGGUUGCACAAGGUCACAACAGGUGCUAGACAAAUUUCACUACUGUGAAAUUCAGCCGUUUCUCCACAUUUUGUUGUACUUUCGUAUGUUUUUUUUAAGUGAAACAUGUUUUUCGAUGUUUGUUAGGAUUAUUUAAUGCAUCUUGUAUCUACCUGCUUCUGUUCAGAACCAUUUCCGUUUUUUCGUGUUCCAGUUACAGUGAAUAUAUUCUGUAUUCGAGUACUGUAUGUCAGUAGUUGCACACGUGAUCGGUACUUAAACUGCCACUUUUGAUGGUGCUAAUUUGAGCUUUUCAGACUGUUCAUACAAAAAGUACAAUGAUAAUAAAUUUAUAUCCUGUA